AUGGCCGAUACAAUCAAGUUAGCCGACUACCUACUCACCCGCCUCCAACAACUCGGCGUCCAAUCCAUCUUCGGCGUCCCAGGAGAUUACAAUCUCCGUCUACUAGACUACAUCGUCCCAGCCGGUCUACACUGGGUAGGAAACUGCAACGAGUUGAACGCAGCCUACGCAGCAGAUGGCUACUCCCGUAUAAAUGGCCUAUCAGCUAUCAUAACCACUUUCGGCGUCGGCGAGCUCUCAGCUGCGAAUGGUAUUGCUGGCGCUUAUGCCGAGAGGUCUCCCGUUGUUCAUAUUGUCGGUACCCCGCCGCGGCUGCAGCAGAGUUCGCGCGCAUUGAUGCAUCAUACCUUUUCUGAUGGUGAGUAUGGGCGCUUCGCGGCUAUGUCUACGCAUAUUACUGCUGCGCAGACUAAACUUGUUGAUGCGACUACGGCACCUGAAAGGAUCGAUUGGAUUCUGCUACAGGCGCUCGUUCAUAGCCGGCCUGUUUACAUCGAGUUGCCGGAUGAUAUGCCAGGUGUUCUUGUCUCUGCUGCGAGUCUCAAUUCGCCUAUCCGUGUACCUGAAGUACCUAGUCCUAUUCAUGAGCCUCAGGUUGUAAACCGCAUUCUAGAGCGAGUGUACAGCGCAAAACGUCCACUCAUCUACGUGGACGGUGAGAGCAAAGCUCUCGGAAUAAUCGAGCAGAUUGAAAGCCUUAUUGAUAAAACAAGCUGGCCAACUUGGACGACCAUUUUCGGCAAGGGCCUCAUCAACGAGGAUACUCCGAAUGUAUACGGGCUGUAUUCGGCUGCAUUUGGAGACAAGCCCGCUCAGGAAUAUUUUGAAUCUGCAGAUUUAGUCUUGACAUUUGGUCCACACUACAGCGACACGAAUAGUUUCUUCUUCACCGCCGUCCCCAAGAACGCUGCAGCUAUCACUUUCAAGGAUAGUACUGUCCAGAUCGAAGACGAGGUCUACCGCGAUCUAUCACCGAAAACUGUCCUGACAAAGGUCCUGACAGCCCUCGACUCUUCCCGCACAGUCGAAGCUAUCGGGCCCGAAAAAGCAGUAGUUUCAAUAAGCGAUAUCAAGAGCAGCGAUCCAAUCGCCCAGAACAACUUCUUCCGCCUGGUGAACCCGUUAUUCCGCGAAGGCGAUAUCAUCCUCACAGAAACAGGUACAGCAGCCUACGGCGGCCGAGGUUUCAAACUCCCACCAAAAACCCAACUCUUUGGCGCCGUAACCUGGCUUUCGAUAGGCUUCAUGCUACCAGCAACUCUAGGCGCAGCUCUCGCGCGACGAGAACAAAACAAGACUACCGGCGCAACUGGUCGUACAGUGUUGAUAAUCGGAGAUGGGAGCUUGCAGAUGACCGCGCAGGAAAUUAGCGUGAUGGUUAAGGAGAAGCUGGAUAUUCUUAUUAUUAUUAUCAAUAAUGAGGGCUAUACUAUCGAGCGAGUCAUUCAUGGUCGCAAACAGGCGUAUAACGAUGUCCCCUUUUGGCGGCACUUGCAGGCUUUGAGUUAUUUUGGGGCUGAUGAGGAUCAUGCUGCUAAGAGUACUUUCUCGGCCAAGACUUGUGGUGAACUGCAGAAGAUCUUGGAAGAUGAGCAUGUGCAUAGUGGGCGUGGAGUGCGGAUGGUUGAGGUUUCUAUGGGACGAGAGGAUGUUCAGGGGGUUUUGGAGUGGGUUUUGAACAAGCAGCUGGAUGAAGAAAGGAUUGCCGAGAAAAGAGAAACAUUAUAA